AUGCUGUCGUCCCUCCGAGACAUGCUUCCCACUCUCGCUCUCGGGGCUCUGCUCUUGCCCACCACCCUGGCUGCUAUCCUCCCCCAAUACGAUCCCUUCUACAAUGCUCCUGCUGGAUACCGGAAUCAGGCUCCUGGAAGCAUUCUUCGUACCCGACGAGUCGUCACGUCCUACAUUGGUCUCAUUCCCGAUGGUGUGCAAGCAUGGCAAUUGCUGUACCGCACCACUGCUAUUAACGGCACCGCCAUCGCCUCUGCAACCACCGUCUUCAAGCCUCUCAACGCGAAGCUUGACAGCUUCGUCAGCUUCCAUACCGCGUACGACGGUUCUUCUGUGACCGGUGCCUGUGACCCAAGCUUCAACUAUCAGUUGCUCGCUCCACAGAUCGACCUGAUAUCCUCAGUCGAGUUCUUCCUGCUCCAGGCCUACCUCUUGGAUGGUCAUAUCGUUCAAUCGCCUGAUUAUGAGGGUCCCGAUGCCGCUUUCGGUGCUGGUCGCCUUGCUGGCAUGGGAGUCCUCGACAGCAUGCGUGCUGUCGCAAACUUCAAGUCUACUCUUGGCUUCACCACUUCUACUCCGAAGAUUGUUGGUUACGGUUACUCUGGCGGUGCUAUUGCCACUGGAUGGGCUGCUUCUCUGAUCUCAAAUUACGCUCCCGAGCUCAACGUCCUUGGCUGGGCUCAAGGUGGUACCCCUGCCAACUUGACCGGUACUGCUGUCUUCAUCGAUGGAACACUCUUCGCUGGCUUCCUCCCUCAAGCUCUUGUCGGUCUUUCCGCAGAUUCAGCAUACGGUGCUCAACUCGAUCCCGUAUACGACCGCAUCAUCACACCCGAUGGUCGCAAUAUCCUCAACGUCGCCGAACAGAUCUGUGGUGUCGAGAACCUGUUUACCUUUGCCUUCCAAUCGGUCCAAAGUACCAAUGUCCAGACUCUUGGCGACAAAGUCUUCUACGAACCAACCAUCGCUGGAGUCCUUGAGAAGAAUGUCAUGGGUGUCAACUCGGAUGAGACCCCCAAGGCUCCUGUCUACAUGUAUCACGCUACCAACGACGAAGUAAUUCCCUAUGCCAAUGCGACAACACUGUACUCUGACUGGUGUGCUGAUGGUGCUUCCGUUCAUUUGACCACCAUUGCGAAUGGCGGACAUGCGACUACUGAAAUCAUUGGUUUCGUAGGCGCAUUCAACUUCGUCAAAGCCGCCUUCGCCGGUACCGUCGCCAGUGGAUGCUCGACCUCGACGGAGUUGGCUGAUACUUUGGAUCCCCUGGCACUCGGUGUCUCUCUUGAACCUGUGAUUGUGCAAUUGCUGAACGCAUUGGCAGUGGCUGGAAGAAAGGAUAUCAACAUUAAGAACAACAUCCAGACCCUGAAUGAGACUGUUGGUGCUUGA